CAUUCCUUCAAAGUUUCCACCUUUAUGGUUCCAUUUGGCUCCAUCCUCUAUAUUUUUUUCUUCUUCAUCUUCCUACUUUUCUCCCUAACUUCUCUUCACCUUCAUCCUCUCUCUCUCUCUCUCCCCUGUAUAUACAAAUGUAAGUACAUACACUUAUCUGAAUCCAUCUCUUGAAGAUCCAAAAUCGAAUCUUUUCGAUCAAUUCAAGAUACCCGUUUCAUCAAAAGAGGUUCUUGAUCAAAGGGUUUUCAGGGUUUACGUUUUUGGAUUGAAAUUUCCGUUCGCUCUCUUAGGGUUUAAGGUGUUCUUGGGCAAAGAUGGAACCUAUAUGUGGAUUCGACAAGGAAGAUGAGCAGAUGGAUUUGCCUCCCGGGUUCCGAUUUCAUCCAACAGAUGAAGAACUCAUAACCCAUUACCUGCACGAGAAGGUUCUCGACAGCGGUUUCUCUGCCAAGGCAAUCGGUGAAGUCGAUCUGAACAAGUCUGAGCCAUGGGAAUUGCCGUGGAAAGCAAAAAUGGGGGAGAAAGAAUGGUACUUUUUCUGUGUGAGGGAUAGAAAGUAUCCGACCGGUCUGAGGACGAAUCGAGCAACUGAAGCAGGCUAUUGGAAGGCGACAGGGAAGGAUAAGGAGAUUCACCGCAGAAAAUCUCUUGUCGGGAUGAAGAAAACACUUGUUUUUUACAGAGGAAGAGCUCCCAAAGGUCAGAAAACUAACUGGGUAAUGCAUGAGUUUAGGCUUGAAGGCAAGCUCUCUGCCCAUAACUUGCCCAAGACCGCUAAGGUAAAAGCCAAUCUCUGCUCUGUUUUGCUAGUGUGUUUUCGGUUAUCGAUUUCGGUUUUGGUUUGGUCUGCUUUGGUUUGGCAGAAUGAAUGGGUCGUAUGCAGGGUGUUCCAGAAGAGUGCCGGUGGGAAUAAGAUACCGAUUUCGGGUCUAAUCCGAAUCGGUUCGUUCAAAACCGGCCUGGAUCCAUCUAGUUUGCCCCCCUUAACCGAUUUUUCUUCGCUGUACAAUGACAAAACCAAACCCGAACCGGUGGUUUACGUGCCCUGCUUCUCCAACCCAACUGAAAACCAAGGAAACACAGUCCUGAACUCGGUCCAGACCAACGUUCUCCCAAGAAUUCCACUCCACCAAUCUCAUUCCGUCCCCGUUUCCGAAGACCUGCAAAGCCCUAACCCGGAUCUGAUCCAAGAACAGACAGUUCUAAGGGCGAUGAUGAUCGAGAACAGCGGAAGACAGAGCUUCAAGACAUCGAGUGUCUCGCAAGAAACAGGUGUUUCAACCGAAAUCAACACCGAUGUCUCGUCGGAUUUCGAGUUCGGGUUAAGGCAAUUCGAUCCUCGGGAAGAGCCCUCUUCCUCUGCAGGGCCUGCUGAUAUCGAAUCCUUCUGGAUUUACUGAAGGCUGCAAAGCUCGAUUCAAUGAAUUAUACAAAGAAG